AUGCUGUUAAGAUGAAUGCAUUCUGCACUUAUGUCACCAUUCAAGAAUGUUCUUUAUUUCCAAGCUGGGCUUGGAGUUCUAGCAAAUAUGUUUCUUCUUUUUUUCUAUAUUUUCACAAUCUUAGGUCACAAACCUAAGCCCACAGACCUGAUCUCCUGUCAGCUCACCUUUGUUCACAUAAUGAUGGUCCUCAUUGGAGGGGACAUUUUGCUUACAGACUUAUUUGAGUCACUGUACAUUGAGAAUGACUUCAAAUGCAAGACAACUUUUUAUUUAUUCAGGUCAAUGAGAGGCCUCUCUAUCUGCAUCACCUGCCUCCUGAGUGUGUUCCAGGCCGUCACUGUCAGUCCCAAUACCUCUUUGUUGGCAAAAUUUAAACAAAAACUAAAAAAAUACAUGAUCCAUGUUUUCUUAUGUAUUUGGUUUUUCAAUUUGUUCUUCAGUACUAACCGGAUCUUCUACGUUGGUGGUUUUACCAAUGUGAAUGAGACCAACCAGAUGCAGGUUACUAAAUCCUGCUCACUCUUACCCAUGAACUACAUAAUCAGGGGACUGAUUUUUACAAUAUCAAUCUCCAGAGAUGUUUUUCUAGUGGGAGUUAUGCUGACCACAAGCACAUACAUGAUGAUUAUCAUGUUCAGGCAUCAAAGGCAAUGUAAGCACAUUCAUAGCAUCAGCCAAUUGAGAGCAUCCCCUGAGAAAAGGGCCACCCAGACCAUCUUGCUGCUGGUGAUUUUCUUCGUGGUCAUGUACUGGGUGGAUUUUAUUAUCUCAUUCACCUCAGACAUGUUGUGGAUGUACAACCAAGUCUUCUUGACUGUUCAGAAAUUUAUGAUGUAUGCCUAUCCCACAAUUACUCCUUUGGUACAAAUCAGUUCUGAUAACAGAAUAAUAAUUAUGCUGAAAAACAUUCAGUCAAAGCACUCCAAGAGCUUUUCUUAA